GGGAUGGAAGAUCCACCCCCAUGUCCGUGCCCGUGUCCUCCCUCCCUCCUCUUCCUCCCUCCCUCCUCCUCCUCCUCCUCCGCCGCCGCCGCCGCCGCCCGUCCUCCGCCGCGGCCAGCCGGGCAGCGCGGGCGGGCCGGGGGCUGCGCCGCCGGGGAGGAGGUUUGGGGGGACUUGUGGGGGUCCGGGCACUUACUUGGGCUGGAAGUUGGCGGCGCGAUGGGGAACGAGCGUUGGAAAACCGUGGGAGGAGCCUCGCAACUUGAGGAUGGGCAGCAGGAGAAAUCGCAGAGGAUGAGCUGUGGAUACAUCCUGUGCACCGUCCUGCUCUCGGUGGCCGUGCUCCUGGCGGUGACGGUGACAGGGGCCAUCCUCUUCAUGAACCACUACCACACGCCUGUCACCGAGUCACCCCCCGUCAUCAGCACCAACCCCGAGGAGCCCAACGCGCUGGUGACCAUCGAGAAAGCCGACAGCUCCCGCAUCAACAUCUUCAUCGACCCCAACUGCCCCAGCGCCGCCGGCGCCCUGGCCCGCGUGGAGGGGCUGCAGAGCUCCCUGCUGCACGCCCUCACCGACCACGACGCCGAGGCCAAGGCCACCAAGAGCCAGCAGAAGGCCCUGCUGGUCACGGUGGCGGACGAGGUGGCCAAGGUGCUGAGCCACGCCGUGCAGCUGCGCGCCGACUGCGACGGCCUCAAGAAGGGGCACAGCGCCAUGGGGCAGGAGCUCAGCGCCCUGCAGGGAGAGCAGGGCAGGCUCAUCCAGCUGCUCUCGGAGAGCCAGACCAACAUGGCUCGGCUGGUGAGCUCCGUCAGCGACGUCCUGGACACGCUGCAGAGGGAGCGCGGCGGGGCCCGGCCCCGGCUCAAGGCUGACCUGCAGCGAGCUCCGGCCAGGGGAGCACGGCCCCGGGGCUGCUCCAACGGCUCCCGGCCCCGAGACUGCUUUGACAUCUAUGCCAGCGGACAGCAGGAGGAUGGGAUUUACUCCAUCUUCCCCACCCACUACCCUGAUGGCUUCCAGGUCUACUGUGACAUGACGACGGACGGGGGCGGCUGGACGGUGUUCCAGCGGCGGGAGGACGGCUCUGUCAACUUUUUCCGUGGCUGGGAAGCCUACAGGGACGGCUUUGGGAAGCUGACAGGAGAGCACUGGUUAGGGCUGAAGAGGAUCCACCUGCUGACGGUGCAGGGCAGCUACGAGCUCCGCAUCGACCUGGAGGACUUUGACAACGGCACCGCCUUCGCCCACUACGGCACCUUCGGCGUGGGGCUCUUCUCCGUGGACCCCGAGGAGGACGGGUACCCCAUCACCAUCGCCGACUACUCAGGGACAGCAGGUGACUCCUUCCUGAAGCACAACGGGAUGAAGUUCACCACCAAGGACCUGGACAACGACCACUCGGAGAACAACUGCGCCGCUUUCUACCACGGCGCCUGGUGGUACCGCAACUGCCACACCUCCAACCUCAACGGGCAGUACCUCAGGGGCCACCACAGCUCCUACGCCGACGGCAUCGAGUGGUCCUCCUGGACCGGCUGGCAGUAUUCCCUCAAGUUCACCGAGAUGAAGAUCCGGCCCGUCCGGGAGGAGAAUUAGCUGAUGGCAGCAGCGCCCACGCCGUGCCCAGUCCCCUGCCCUCCCCCAGCGCCCUGCAGACCCACCCCCUCAGCUGCCAUCCUCCCCAUCCUCUCUGAGGGCUCGCCCGCCUCUGAGGGGCCCCUGGGGAGCAUCUGCUGCCAGCGAGGGUGGCUUUGGCUCCUGGGCACCCACAGAUGUUGCCAGACCUUUGCUUCCCACUGCCGUGGCUCCCCUGCAGCCAGAACGGGUGUCCUGGCCAGACUGUGACCCACGGCCUGUGCCCGUGGCUGGGGCAGGUAGGAUGCAGGUAUCUGGGCAGAGGUGUCCUGCAGGGUCCUGCAAGGGAGGAAAAGGGCUGCCUGGAGGGAAGGAGGGAGGGAGGGAGGGAUGCAGCAGCUCAGGCAGGCUGAGCACCUCUGGUGACCUCUGCUCUGAGCACUGACACCUGGCAGUGGGCUUGCUAAGCUGGCAAGGGACUGGGGGCUCUUGUAAUGAGGAACCCCAGCCCCCCCAAACCCCCAGGACUGGGAUGAGGCUGCUGCUCCACAGCUCCAGCUCCCCCAUGGUGCUACUGGUGAUGGGGAGGGCUCAGCUGGGUCAUUCUGACCAUGCCAGCAACUCCUCCUCCGGACUGCAGAACGCUCCCUGCGCAGCUGGGGAGGGACAACCACCAGCUCCUUAUCCCCAUCAUCCCUGUCCUGACUCCUGGAGCCUCCCAGCAGGUCAGGACACCCCAAAGUGAGCCAGAACAGUGCUGCAAGGACGUACACCCAGAACUGAGCAUGGCAUGGAGCUGUUCUGGCAGUGCUGAGGACACAGGGAGCACAACAAGGAAGAGGAGGAGGCGAGGAAGGCUCACUUCCCAACACGGCUCUGCCUGCAUUUGCUUUCCCCAAACCCUUUGGCAGCUCAGCCACAUCUCCCAGCGAGCCCCCUCUGCUCGCCGGGCACCCGAGCUCAUUUUCACCCCGCCUGAGCUGCGGCACUGCCUCGGCACCUGCAGAUAUCCAAAGCCUUUCAUUCCCUCAAAUCCCGUUAAGGUUUUGCAAAAAAGAAGCCCCGAGUGGGGCUUAGCAUCUGCAGGGCCCUGAUAACGGGGCAGCAGCAGCAGCCGGGCCAGGCAGGAGCUGCCGUGGGCUGUGGGACUGAUGUCUCCUGCUGCUCCCUGCAAGGACUCAAAUGGGGGACUUUGUCAAAAAAAACCCCGAGAACCAAAUGUGAGCAGACUCUGGACUGAGAGGGGAGGGGACAGACGUGACCCUGCCACCCUUUACAUCAUUCUCUGCCUGUGCUACAGCACAGCCCUGCCCCAAGAAACACCAUCAGACAGAUGGAGGGACUGAGGAGGGGAGGGAAACUCCCCAUCUCCAUUUCCAGGGGAGCUUAAAGCACAGGGAGGUCAAAGACUCAUCCUCCCAGCUGUGCCAGGUUUGUACUUCCCUCUGUGAUUGUUCUUUUUUUUAAGCCUUCCCCACCCCACAUCUUGUGCUGGACAAGAUCUCUCACCUAGUGGGUGAGUGGCUGUCUGUCUGCCCUGACAGAGAAAUCACAAACGGUGCACUGGGAUCACCACAGCUCUUCACUCUGCCAGAGAGAUUCUCCAGAGCCCUCAGGUGAGGAUGAGCUCUGAGUGAAGGGCACUCAGCUCUGCACACUCCAUCCAUGCCCAGAGAGGUCAGGCUGGCACUUUCUGGAGCAAUGGGAGCCGGGGGAACUCAGCAGUGGCAUUUCUCAGCACAACAGCAGGAGCCCUGACAGCUUCCAAGGAGCUUCCUGUGUUCCACUGGACCUUUCUGGAAAGGGUCCAGCCUGCACCCACCCAUCUUUACUUUUUGAUCAGUUAUUUUGGUGGGUUGGCUGUAGCUGGGUUUUGGGCAGGAAUGCACAUGGAACCAUGUGCCGGGUGGGAAGGCUCAUCCCCUCCCAGAGCCCUCCACUGGUGUUCUGCCGUGCCAGGGAGGGAACACUGUACGUUGGUUUGUUGGUAGCACAUCCUUGUGUAACUGCCUGUGUCUCUCAGGACCCCCCAGAGAUUUGUUUUGAUUUGCACGAGAGGUAUUUAAUCCAUGCCAAGGCGCAGGAUUUCCCAGGAUUAUUCCCAAGAGCUCACGCAUUGCUCUGUGGGCCUGGAUUAGGUUAAACCCAUCUGUGGUGACACCUCCCUGGAGAGGGGUGGGCAGGGGGGACUGUGGGUCUGGGAUGUGGCCAUGGAUGUUCCCAGAGAAGCCCUGGGCCAGGCCGUGGUGUGUAGCAGUGCUGUGAAGUCUAGGUCGUGUGUGAGUGUGUCCAACGCUGUACAUGUGGACUUUCUAAACUCCUUAAUAAAAGGAUCUCAUCGUUA